UAAAAAAAGGGGAGAAUGAAUAAGAAGGAAAACAGUUUGUUCAGGAAAGAGGAAUCACCUUUCUGAGUUCGGUCUGAAAGUUUAUUCCAUGUUUGGACAUUAGAAUAGAGAAUUCCAGUUCUGAUAAAAGGAGGAAUGUAUAGUGAUGCUGAGUCCGAAUCUGAAUCUGAACGCAACAGAAUGAGUUCUGGCGCCGAUGAAGAAGAACAAGGUUCCUUCAAGAGCUUGGCCAAGCAAACGGAGCAGAGUUACCAGUUGCAGCUCGCACUCGCGCUUCGUCUCUCUUCUCAUGCUUCUUCUUCGUCCGAUCACUCUUCCUCUCCGACUCAGACGUUAUCACACCGUUUCUGGGUGGAUGGUUGUUUGCAAUACUCUGACAAAAUUUUAGAUGGCUUUUACUUAAUCCAUGGGAUGGAUGCAUAUACAUGGACUCUAAGUACUGAUUUGCAGAAUGUUGGUAUUAUUCCAUCAUUUGAAUCACUCAUGUCAGUUGAACCCAGUGACGACUCAUCAAUUGUUGUGGUUGCUGUUGAUAAAUCUAGAGAUCCUGGUUUGAGAGAACUGCAAAACAGGGUUGCAAGUCUUUCAAAUAACUGGAUUACCACUAAAGAUGCAACUGAUCAGCUUGCAAGUCUUAUUUGCAAUAGGAUGGGGGGAGGGUCUUUAACUGAGGAAAAUUUAGUUAUACGCUGGAAGGAAUGCACCCAACUUCUUAAAAGCUGCAUGCACUCUGUCAUUCUUCCAAUUGGAAGCUUACCCAUUGGCCUUUGUGUCCAUCGAGCGUUGCUGUUUAAAGUGUUGGCUGACUUAAUCAAUCUACCAUGCCGUAUUGCAAAGGGCUGCAAGUAUUGCAGAAAUGAUGUGGGAGCGUCAUGCAUAGUUCAAUUUGGUUCUGACAGGGAGUAUAUGAUUGAUUUAAUUGGAAGGCCUGGGGCAACAUGUCAACCUGAUUCUUUUCUGAAUUCUGCUUCUUCAAUGUUGGUUGCUUCACCAUUAUGUCAUCCAAAGUUCAAGCCAGUUGAAACAGCUGAAUAUACAAAGACACUUGCUCAAUUGUAUUUCUUGGACAGUCAAGCACUGCAUCUUGUAUUUGAUACUACAUCAGGACCUGCUGUUAAUCACAGUGACACAAUGGAUCUGCAGCGAACCGAAGCUUUGGGUGCAAAUUAUGCCGGUGGAAACAGCCAUCUGAUUGCUUUGAUUCCUGGUGCAGAGGAGUAUGCGUAUUUCAAUGAAGUAGACCAGACAGUCUUGGAUUAUCCAAGUCAUGAAGUUGAUCUUGACGAGGAGGAUCUGGAUAUUCCUUGGAGUGAACUUAUUUUGAAGGAGAACAUUGGGACAGGGUCAUUUGGAACUGUCCUUCGUGCAGACUGGCGUGGUUCCGAUGUUGCAGUGAAAAUUCUUAAAGUGCAAGGUUUUGAUCCUGGGCGAUUUGAAGAAUUUCUAAAGGAGGUCUCACUCAUGAAGCGCCUACGGCAUCCAAAUAUUGUACUCUUGAUGGGUGCAGUUAUUCAACCCCCUAAGUUAUCAAUUGUAACAGAGUAUUUAUCUAGAGGCAGUUUGUAUGAACUUCUGCACAUGCCCAAUGUUGGAUCAUCACUUAGUGAGAGGUGUCGCUUAAAAAUGGCUUAUGAUGUGGCAAGCGGAAUGAAUUAUCUUCAUCAAAUGAGACCCCCCAUUGUUCAUAGAGAUUUGAAGUCUCCAAAUCUUUUGGUUGAUGAUUCAUACACUGUUAAGGUAUGUGACUUUGGUCUUUCACGCACAAAGGCAAACACAUUUCUUUCUUCUAAAACCGCAGCUGGGACUCCUGAAUGGAUGGCACCCGAAGUCAUCAGAGGAGAACUGUCAAACGAAAAGUGUGAUGUAUUCAGCUUUGGUGUAAUUUUGUGGGAACUAGUCACCCUUCAACAACCAUGGAGACAUUUAAAUCCUUCACAGGUUAUUUGCUUCUCCCCAGUGCUUUUGAUUUAG